UGGCCCGGCAGACGGCUGUGCUCUUUAAACGCCUUUUCUUAGGUCCGACAAUAUGGUGUGUACCACUAAACUCUCCUGAUGGAAUUUAAUGUAAUUAUCGGAUUACAGUCCUGCCACUCUGAGGCUGAAAAUAUUUACUACACUGACCGACAACUGACGGGUUUCCAUGCUUUGAUCCACAGAGUGUCGUGUGGAGAUUUGACGGGUCCUUCAGAGUUUUUUUUAAAACCUCCUUUUGACAAUAUAGAAUAAUCUGUUUUUGGUGGAGGAGAUUUCCCGUCAUUACGCACAGCUCCUGACCGAAGACGAGAUGUCAGCUGUUAAAUCCAAGCGGAUACAAUAACAUCUUUGUGACUGCUCUCAGAGGCCUUGAAGCCACCUGUCCCAUCCCAAAGCAUUGCAUCUUUUCUGUUAUGUCUGUCUCCUCUCUGCCGGAAUGGAAGCAACUCCUGCUGGAGAAAAAGAGGAGAGAGGAGGAGGAGCGAGAGCGAAGGGAAAAAGAGGAGGAGGAGAAGUUUGCCAGCAUGCCUGCCUGGAAGAGAGGGAUCAUCCAGCGGAGGAAGGCGAGGCAGGAGAGUUUAGGUGACAGGGAAAAGGACCGGGAAGUCUGUGUCCUACAGGUGGACGUCAGAUCCCUGUCUGAUGGUCUAAGCGAUACAGACAGCUCCGUAACCGUUAAUCUGGGAAGUGAACUGUCGCUCAGUCCUGAUCCAGGGCUUUGGAUGGAUUCAGACAACAAACAAGUGAGUCAGGUGUCAGUGGAAACCAUCGUCCCUGUGCACGAAAACCCGUUCAUCCGCACACAGAGCUCAUGGAAGAAAGGAAGGGAUUCAGAUGCAGAGAAAGGGAAUGAAUCGGAAGUUAAAGAGAGGGAGAAAACUAGUCCGAGGGGUCACGAUGUGGAGUCAGGAAGUGGGAGAGACAUAGAGCUGAGAAUAGAGAGAUUCAGAGAUUUGAGCGAGGGAAGGGAUAAAGAGAGAAGCAGGGACAGGAGUCAAGGAAGAGAAGGAGAUAGAUAUGAAAAAAGCUCCCAGAGAGAAUCGGGUAAGGAUAGGGAACUCUUGAAAGUAAGGAAAGACGAGGAGGAAAAAGAAGUAGAUCCAUCCAGCCCUGUGUUUUCUCCCCACCCUUGUCUUCGGACCAUUCGAGCCGACAAUAUCAUCAUCAUCGAGCAGGAUAGGAAAAGCAGUGAUGAAAGGAGGGGCAGAUGGAGGGAGGCAGAGAGGGAGAGGGCUGAGGAGGACCACCAGGCAAAAAGAGGGCUGAAGAUGGGUUUGAGAGAGAUUUUAGCAGGAGGAGGGAGCGUUACAGAGAUCCGAGCCUCUGAAGUCUUGAUCAUAAAGCCUUCAGUGAGCCCAGAGGAAGGUAAUCCAGGAAAAGGUAGAGAGGAUGCAGAGGUGAAGGGUAGAGAGUAUAGAGCAGACAUGUCUUGGCUGAGAGAGAAAGUAAAAGAAUCUGCAAAGGAGAAAGAGAGGCCGUGGGGUCAGGCGACGGUGAUUAAGGAAGACAGAAAGGACAGUUUGGAUGACAAUGUGUUUGUUGACAGAGGAGGAAGGGUCAGCAAGCUUCUUAGUAAAUUUGGAGAGCAUCCCAAGCCUCCAUCUCGAUCCAAAAGUUCUGAUAACUUCCUGAGGCCCGGCAGGAGAAAACACUCAGGGGAUGACGAUGAUGAUGACGAGGAAUUUGUAGAAAGAAGGGCAGACGGGAGGAGUGUACCGCAGAUACCGAAACGCUCUUUUAGCUUCUCAGAUCGGGUCUUCUUUGGUAAGGAGAACGGUUUAGAUGAAGAUGGGUGGAAAAUGCGCGAGAGGAUACAUUCAGAUAAGAGUGUACCGAAGGAAACUGCUGCCAGAAUAAAGAUGGGAUGUGCACGACUUUUAGAUAAAGAUCGAUUUGGGAGGUACAAAGACAAACAUGAUAAAGAUGACAGGAACGAAGUUAAAAAAGUGGAGCCUGUUGAUAAAAGGGCGGCGGAGAAGGCGGCUGAUGCAGAAGGAGAUGAGGGGUUCACCGUUGCGUCGGUUAAGAACACAGAGGGGAUUUCGUUUGCUAGAAGACUCCCGAUAAGACAGGAUGGGAAAGGAAGAGCAGAGCGGGAGGUGAAGCGACUACCAGCUGAGAAAAGUUUAGAAAGGGAGGUGAGCGUAGAGAAAGAUGCUGAGAAGGAUGUGCAAAUCUGUGACAAGAAGGAUUUUCAACCAGAAGGCUCAGAAAACACAGUCCCAGCUGCUGAUGAGAGCCACCACAGACAUGAAUCAGCUUUUGCAGACUGCUCUAGUCUACUUUGUACAGUUCCAGAUGCUCCUAAAGACCUCCAUAAAGGCCCAGACUGGAAUGGACAACGAGCGUCCUACUUGUCACAUUCAGUUUUGUCUCAACACACAGAGGAACUUAUAAGUAAGAUAGAGAAGAUUGGAGACACAACUGUUUAUAGCACUGAGAGAAAAGAAAGGCCUUGCAUGGCUCCUUAUGAUGUGACUCAAGAGAGCAAUCAGGAAAGUCUAAUUGAUGUUGGACCAGACAUGUUAAAGCCUCCGAAAAGGAUCUCAAAUAUGGGCGUCCAUCCUGGUCCCCUAGAGAUUCAAAUCCCCAGGACUGUGUUUUAUGUGGCAGAAGACAUGGUAGAAAAGAAAAAGGCCGAUGAGGGGCAGGAGUGGGAAGGCGGCAAAGGGGUCGAGAGGAGGGAUAGCUGGAGGAUUGGAAAGCCGCUGAGCCGAAUUGAAUCCCUAAGAGAGAAGAUUCGACAAAGAGAGCUAGAGAAGCUGAGGCAAAAGGAGACACAAGAUGGAGAGCAAGGAGACGGUGCAGAUAUGUGUGAUAAUGUUUCAACAACAGCUGAAGAGAGAGGAACUGAAGCAGAGAACGAAUGGGAAGCUGCAGCUCAUAUGCGGAAGAGGCUUGUUGAAGCUGAGACGGGACAGGAAGAGGUAGAAGGCCAGACAUCCAUGGCUGCAUAUGACGUCACGCAGGAAGUGUUGAAAACCUGCCACCAGCUUCCUGUUUCUGUCUCAGAAGCUGUCAGUGGAGAGGAACUGACAAACAACGCCGCCACCGCUGCUGCUGCUGCCUCCGAACUUUACUCUGACACCGUCCAGUUAUCUGACGAUGAAGAAGACCCGCUGAAAUAUGUGGAAGAAGAGCUGAAGCGAUACAGAGAAACGGAGAGCUUAGAAGACCAUAGAGAAGAGGAAAUCUCAGAAGAGGAGGAGGAAGAGAGAUAUACGUUGACUGUCGAUUCUGAACAAUCACUCAGCCCUUCGCCGCCUCAUCCCAACUCUUUAGCAGCUAUGAGUCGGAUUUACAACUUGGAGGCUGUUGGUUCCAGAUCAGGCUUGUGUUUAAGGGACAGAACUGUAGAUAUCCCAUCAGUGCACCUUGUCAAAGUGAAGCCACUCAUUUCACAGCAGGAGAACAGCUGUGGCGUCCAGAAUAUACAGCGCCAGAUAGAGCAUUUUCAGCUGAAAGAGCAGGAAGUGCUGAAGUCUCAAAAUGCUGGUUGCACAUCUCCUCGUAGAGACAAAGAGACUAAAGGGCAACACAGCCCCAGAGGAGUGUUAAAGCAGGUAAAGACGAUGUCAAGACGCAGGAGAAGACACAAGAGAUGUCAAAUUCAAACCCCAGAGUUUGUUCUCCAACAUCUCAUCUCAAGCAAAACCAAACUAUCACCAUCACACCUUCGCCUCCCAGUCAAUCCCGAAAACACUCUGAAACCCUCAGAUUACGCUCCGACGCCUGCCUCCUCACCAUGCUCCCCAUCUCCAGCCCAGUCUCCAAAUUUGUCCCCAUCACCCUCCCCAUCGCCCACACUCUUCUCCAUCAGGAGUGCCUCAGGAGGUCAGGUGAAGCGAGGUGCCACCAUUACCAUCACUCCAAAAAAGCCUAGUGGAGGAGGAAGAGGAGGAGGAGCGAUAGUAUCCACACCGGCAGGAUUGACGGCCAUGAAGACCCCAUCACAGACAGCCAACACCGGAGCUGAACCAGCGAAGAAGAAGUACCCAACAGUGGAUGAGAUUGAGGUGAUCGGUGGAUAUCUGCAUCUGGAGAAAUCCUGUUUGGUCAAGAACAGAGGGACACCAAAAAGGGUGAAGGUGUGUUUUGAUGAGGACCAGCUGGAGCAGGUGUGUGAAUAUCCAUCGGAGACCUCCAUGUUGGUGUGUUCCCCUUUCCCUCAUGACGUGGGCCGGACUGAGAAUCCACAGGGAGACGAAGAGCAGGAAGAGGAAACUGAAGCGGAGACGGCGACAAAUGUAUCCAAGAAUACAAGAAAUACUGGGACUGCAACAGGACGGGGUGUAAGAGUGAAUCAGUGUCACCCUCUUCUCAAAAAACACAGCGUGUGAGCAGAGAAAUUAUGGAUGGAGACUGUCUGACUCAGCUUCUACGUCUUUGUUGUCAACAAUUCCCUUAAAACGAUCAACAAACAGAGCUGAUGAGGUGUCUUACCUAAUGUCUUCAAUACAGUGAUGCAAAUAUAUUUCACUGGUUAAAAAAAUCUCAAUAUCUGUGAACACAUUAGAUCACAAAAGGACUAAAAUCUGCUGCAAAUGCUCAGACAAACCGUAGUUUCUGUUGGGCUUUAAACUGUAGACACUGAGGUUCUGUCAGAUAAUAUAGUAUGUAGCAGAUGCAGAGGUUUUAUUCUGUCAUGUCAAAUUGUCUUUACUGUUAUAAGUUAAAUAAGCAACUUAUCCUAGUACAUGUACACUUCCUAAAUGUGUCCAUGCUGAUCAUUAUCUACUGCAAAUAAGCCGUAUUUAUACAGUAGUACUACCUGUGGACCCCCACCCACCCACCCACACACACCUACUUCAGCACAUAUAGAGGCCCUGUGAUAAUAUUAGUCCCAAUACAAUUCAACAGCUCUGUGAUUUUAUUUUAUUUUUUUCAUUUUUCCAUAGUUAUUUCACCAGUUAUCUGCAAAUGCUGAACCUGUUUUCAUCAGAAGUGGGGAAUAGUAUCUGUAAAUUGCAGUAAAAACCAGUCUAUGUUGAUCCUGUGCACCACAUGAAACACAGAUGCUUGAAGUCCACAGGUUGUACUAUUUCCACAUGACGGGGCUUUAUACACCUAUAUAAAAUAUAUUUGAUGCUUCAGGUUACACAUAGUAACAACAGGAUUGCACGUAUUGGGAUGUGAUAACAUCUUGUGACCUGAAACACAGUUUACAUGUGGAUAAGAGAGCCAAA